UUAGGCGUUACCCGUUACGCCCUGACGUCAUCGACUCGGUUCUUCCGCUGCCGGUAGAGUGAACGUGAAGUGAAGCAGAAGAAAAAAGCAGAAGAGUCUUUUUAUGACGGAGAGAGACACCGGAGAACACCCGACACCCGAGCCCGACAACUGUGAGAGUCUAUCCGCUGCAGGUGACCGACCAUGGCUGUGAACGUGUACUCGACCUCAGUGACCAGCGACAACUUAAGUCGUCACGACAUGCUGGUGUGGAUCAACGAGUCUCUACAGAUGAACCUCACCAAGAUAGAAAUGUUGUGUUCAGGUGCUGCCUACUGCCAGUUCAUGGACAUGCUGUUUCCAAACUCUGUGCCUCUGAAGAAAGUUAAAUUUGGUGCCAAGCUGGAGCAUGAAUACAUCCACAACUUCAAGCUUCUGCAGGUCUCCUUUAAAAAGAUGGGAGUCGACAAAAUCAUUCCAGUAGACAAACUGGUGAAGGGGAAGUUCCAGGACAACUUUGAGUUCGUCCAGUGGUUCAAGAAGUUCUUCGACGCCAACUACGACGGGAAGGAGUACGACCCAGUGGAGGCGAGGCAGGGCCAGGACGCCAUGCCCGUCCCCAACUCUGCCACGUCAGCGCUCAACAAACCCCCUAAAAAGGCCCUCGGUCAAGGUCCGAGCUCCGCUCCUCAGAGGCCACCAGUGGCGAAGGUAGCACCCAAGCUGGCGAACGUCAGCGCGAGGAAGCCGGGGAUGGGCGGCGGCGACGAAGAGAGGGCGGAGCUCCUGAAUGAGAUGGAGAUCCUGAAAUCCACCAUUCAGGACAUGGAGAAGGAGAGAGACUUUUAUUUUGGUAAGCUGCGGAACAUCGAGCUGAUUUGCCAGGAGAAGGAAGGUGAGGGCGACCCCACGCUGCAGAGGAUCAUAGACAUCCUCUACGCCACAGAUGUGAGUUCAUCCGAGGGCUUCGUCAUACCGGAUGCGGAGGAGCAGGAGGAGUUUUAAUAUUCAAGACUGCAGCAGCUUUUCACUUAGACGCCCUGGUCUCCAAACCACCUCGAGAUCUUUCCUCAAGCCCAGACGGCCAGUUUGGUUUUAUAUCCAGCGCCAAACUUGAUCUCGACUUGUGGCCUCCCCUCCUCCCUCCUCGCCUCCUCCCCUCCUCCCUCCUCGUCUCCCUCCUCCCCCUCCUCCCUAAACACCUGCUGGACUUCUUCCUGUAGCCUUCAGCUGCCCUACAGCACAGCUCCUUCUCUUCAAACAUCUUUAACCAAUAAUCAACAAAGCCUCGGUCACUGCCUCUUCUUCCUACACACCUGUCAGUCUGCGAGAACCCCAGCCACCCCCACCUCCACCUGAACCCUCACCUGAACCCCCAUCCUUCCCAAAACCAGAUCAAGCAGUACAUAUCUGGUUUUUGUAAUGGACUUGAGUGUGAAAAACACGGUGAUGUUCUCUGUGUGUGUGUGUGUAUACGUGUGUGUGCGCGCGUGUGCGUUUGGUCGUAUGUUUAAAAAUCAAUUUGAAACAAAUCAAACGUGAAGAAACCUCCUCGAAGACCCGGCUGUCACGUCACCGCUCGCCUUGUCCCAAACUAACCCCGGCGGUUUGCUUCCUGUUCCUGUGCCUCUCCUGUCGACACUGAAUUUUAAUCGUUUGGAGGAAAAACAUUCCCGACUAGAAGAACCAAAAUCUGACCAGCUAGUCCCCGAUUUUUAAGUCCAGCUAUGAAUGAAUUACGCUUUUUGAGACGGUCAAAUCGAAGCAGCAGCGAGCUGCCGCACACACGUAUGUAGCCGACGAGUUUCCGAGCAAACCGAACAUGUGGCGUGCACGCUGAAGGGCUCAGGGUUUAGUCUGGGACGAGGCCACGGUCGGGUCUUCUCUACGCCUUUUUGAUUUAGUCCUGUUCAGUUUCAAAAGAGCUUUUUUUGUAAAUGUAUGCCACUGUCUCAUCACAUUGUCCCUCCUCUCCCCCACACUCCAUUUUAGUUCUUCCCGUCGAAUUAAUGUUUUUUUUUUUUUUUUUUUUUUUGGGCACCUGUCAGUCAAGCUCUCAACUUUCCACAUUAGUUUUCUCUUCAGGUUGAGUUUUUCUUUCACCCCUCACAGAUCUGAAAUCAGACCUUGGUGUUCACAUCUCAGCUUCCUCUUCUCAGAACGCGUCACACAGUUUUUGUACGUUUGGUCUCUUUAAGGCGCGUGCACUGUUUCUUACACCAGUGGCCCUUAAAUCAGCCCCAGCCAUUAAAACAAAUCAGCUCCUGAAGACCGGCCACGUGACGAGCACUGUGAGCUCGAGCGCUUCGGUUCCUUCGUCAGGUGGAUUCGAUGUUACUCGGUUACUCGUUUCUUUAUUUUGGGAUCAGUGAGUUGACGUCUGCCACGCUGAGGCUGAAUCCUUUUUGUGAUUGCAACAGGUGUCUCCCCCUCUUCUUCUUUUCACACAGUUCGACCAGUUUUAAUACUAAUAUUGUAUCUGUGGAUCUAAUCUGAGACCAGUUUUUCCACUGUACUCUGUAGAAAUGUAAUUUGAAGCGACACACCCUGUUAGCAGCAAGUAAAACUUUAUCGAUGGCCUUAUUCAAAAGUUUUUUUUUUGUUUGUUUUUUUUACAUUUUACUUAAAUGUAAGUUUCUGCUGUUUUGGGGCGAAUGUUUGUACUGUUAGUCAUUUUUAUGUGUUCUGAAAAUAAACAAAACAUUGGAGGUAUUUUUGGACGAACGCUCGGAUGUGUCGGGGCGCAGCAGGCCGCCUGUCUUCCAUCAAACUGUUUCUGCUGCCAGCUGAGUUUAAUUCAAAGAUUUCUUUGUUUGUUUUUUUUCCUUCUGCAGAUUUACUAAAUCUAUUCUGUAGAUUCGAAUCGCUGACCGAGCGGCUCUCGUCAGAUCUUUAGUAUUUAAAUGUAGCGACGUGAUUGGAUAGUCGGCAGAGCUCACGCGCCUUUAACAAACACUGCCACGAGGUUGGAUGUUGCACUAAAAUCAGAGAAGGGUGCCCGGGUAUUACGUUUUUUAAAAAUAUUUUCAGGUAGUUGCUGAACUGAUCUAAACUUUGAUUUCUAAAUCUUCCUUUUUCAGAGCGUAUGCUGUUUUUCUCCAAAGAUCUGAUCUGAAAUUUGUUGAGGUGCGGAAACAUGUUUUGGUUUAGUCUCUUCCAGCACACUGGAUCUCUAAAUCCACUCGCAGUGGUGUUCUGAUUGACCGGCAGCUUUAACCUGAGAGGUUUGACAUCAGUUUUGUUCGACUGUUAUCGGACUCGUAGCCAGUUUUACUCAGUCGACCAGUUUUUGGACAGGACAAUCAUCCAGACGAGUCAACCCGUGAUCUGAGGGUCCAACACUUCACAGGGCUGUGGAGCAAAUAUAAAAUCUGACUUAAUUUAACACGAGUUGGUGCCAAAAACUGGGACACUGUCUGUGAUAAAGGGCUCGUUCGCUCUGCGGUUCAUCUGAAGCAGCUGUAACUUCACACUGAGUCAAAGCUUUCAGGUGGUUUCAUUUUGAAUCCGAUGUGCUGAAGUUCAGGUGCAACGCAACAAGAGUUCCCCAAAAUGCUCCUUAACUGUCAGGACCACCUUUGACCGCGUUUCCUCUGAACUAAAACUCCACUGCUGUGCAGAGAAAACAGCUUCCUCAGAUCUUAAUGAGCGCUAUUGAAUCAUUUUCAUCUGUUUCAUCUUUAAAGUGUCAGAAAAUAAUUAAAAACAGAGAUUCCAUGUAAAUCAGAAAAAAUGACUCAUGAGUUUCAGCUCAAACUGAAUAAACGCGCCAUGUUAACCGCGAACACUCUGACUCGUCAGGAGCUGUUACAAACGUCCUGACGCUCUUUCUUGGGGUGUGAACCCGUUGGUGAUUGUUGGGUGAGACAAAUCGUAGCACACUGAGGACGGACGCACACUUUAAACAGUUCCUCUUUUCUCUGCAUACUUCGAGCUGCCUAACAGAACAUCAACAUGUGGCGAGCUGUUCUGACGAGUGUGUCGUCGAGCCUCAGUGAACAAGUGCUUUUUUUUUUUUUUGUUAUGCAAUGUUAAAGGGGAGCAGACGUCCCCCUUUACAUCGUGGCCUCUGUACUGAACCCAGUGCCAAUGUAACCUCCUCCUCCCUCCUCGAGCUCCCCAACAGUCUGUUACUGUGAUCUCAAGACGUUUUCACGACCAGCCGCUGAAGGUUUUCCAAGUUGUGUGUUGACUCCUGUGUGGUGUCAUGAAAGUAGUAAAGACGUGUUAAUGUAAGUGUGAACUGAGAAGGACUGUGUUUGAUAUGAAACUCUGCAGAUGUUUUUUCAGUCACACACACGCGAACAAGCUCAGGUGGCCUCACACAGAAAAUAACUAAUGAGCGCAGAUUACAUCUGGAAGCAUGUAAUCAGUUUACUGUUACAUAGUCGAGGAUUACUUGAUUACAUUUUUGAUUAAAGUCUUUAAAAUACGGUAAAAACUUGGGAGAAAAAUCAGUGUUGAGUGAAGAUGAAGGUUCAAUGCAUUGAAGAUGUUUGAAGAGAGAAAAUAAAUUGAUUUGUCCAUUUUUCUUUAGAAUAAUAUGCAACAUUUUUCAUGUUUAAAUUUGAAGUAAUUCAAAAGUAAUCAGAUUACAUUUCUUUUGUAAUCCAGCGGUUUGUGAGACCCAAAUCUCUCAGAUCUGCCUGAUUUAAAUGAAGAGCGUCCAUGCUGCCGUGGAGGUUCAUGCAGGUUUGUGCGUGUGUGUGUUGGCUGAAAACGUCUGAGCAGAGUGAACUCUUUAAAGGUAACGCUGGCGGUUUGUCUUGACCUCUGACCUUUUCCUCUCUCUCUCUUUCUCAACAAUCGGUGCCGAUAAGUGAGUCCACUGUGGGCCGAGUGCCGCCCGAGCCCCUCAGCUCCUCCUCUUGUUUUUAUGUGUUUGUUAUACUCUGGUAAAUUUUCUUCAGUCCAGUUUGGUACAGACAAUAAAACAGUAUUUCCACGUCA